UCAGCUGGCUGAGCAGAGCAUGGUGGCGAAGCAGAGCAGCAGGACAGGGUGUUGCUGCUGGGCUUUGGCCAGGACAGUCAGAGGAGCCAGAGAGUUUGGACCAUACAUCUGACUCCUCAAAGUGUAGAUAUGUUCGAUAACUCUAACUACCCCUUCAACUGUUUUAACUACGAUGGAGACGGAUACCCUUCCUCUAGCACUGACGAAGAGAAGAAAAUGUGUAGACCCGCGUACAGCUACAUCGCUCUGAUAGCCAUGGCCAUCCAGCAGAGCCCUGAGCAGCGGGUCACUCUGUCGGGCAUCUAUGAGUUCAUCAUGAAGAGGUUUCCGUACUACCGCUCAAACCAGAGAGCCUGGCAGAACUCCAUCAGACACAACCUGUCUCUCAACAGCUGCUUCAUCAAGGUUCCUCGGACAGAGGGCAAUGAGAAGGGAAAGGGAAACUACUGGACUUUUGCCACCGGCUGUGAAUCCAUGCUGGACCUGUUUGAAAAUGGAAACUUUCGGCGUCGCCGGCGCAGGAGGAACAUGAAAAUUGGCCUCCGUGAUUCAGGAGAAACCCCUUUCCACCCUUUGGAGAGCCACAGCAAUCAGGACGUACCUGCAGCUCGGCACCCCGAACCCGACUCCACCCUCUGCCCUUUGAACCCUGAAAGGCCGAGGCCGGGUCCACAGCAAAACCAUCUCAUCCCAAACCCCACCCAGCAAGGGAAACCAGAGUCAGAGAUCAAGUUUAGCAUUGACUACAUCCUUUCCACUCCGGAUCCGCCUCUGUCUGGGUUCAGAUCCUCCCACGGCCCCGUGCACAUAGGGCCUGCAGGGCCACCUAUACAUGUGCUGGAGCCGCAACACCUCAACCUGCACUUCUGGACUCUGUGAGCAAAAAAGAGCAAGGGAAAACUUAUUCCUUCACUAGCAUUUGUGUCCAAAACUGGGAAAUAUGAGGACAUCCAAAGACAAGAGAAAUUCCACAAGAGGAAUUUUACUGACUUGAAAAUGUAAACCAGGAACAAAAUAAAGAGGUACAGUAUUGUGUGAUGGAUUCCAGAUGGAAAAAGUCACUUAAAGAAAGCAACGUGCUGUCGAAGAUAAAAUGUGAACAAUACAGUGAUGUGUUCAUAUUGUCAUUAUACUGUUUGUGCAGUGUCUAGUGCUGACAUAGACUAGGUUUACAGUAUUCUAUAUAUGUAUAUACACAGGAGUAUGAUGUGUUUAAAAAUGUUUUAAAAAGUACAACAAACUCCAUUUAUUGGAUUCAUUGAAUUAUCUUCAGAUCAGAAGGUUCACAUGUUUUUUCUUCAUAAAAGAAGAAUUUAUUGAAAAUUUCAGGGUUUUCCUUUUGUCAC